GGAAACUUUCCCCCCCACCACCUCCCCCCCUACCCCCCCUCCCAUCCGUGGAGAGCCCGUGCGGGACAUGCGGGGGUUUGGGACUUUGCUGGCUGCGCUCGCGGUCCUCUCGGCCGGGCUGAGGAGCUCCGAGGCCGGGGCGAGGAUCCAGAAAGCGGCGGUGAGCAGCUCCGCGCUCGGCCGGGAGGAGAGCUCCAUAACAGCGGGACAGCCCACCUGCCCGGACCGCUGCCGCUGCGAGGGGGACGGGCUGCUGCACCGGGUGGACUGCUCGGACCUGGGGCUCCGGGAGGUGCCGGGCAACCUGAGCGUGUUCACGUCCUACCUAGAUCUCAGUAUGAAUAAUCUGACUGUGAUGUCCAGCGGAGCUUUAUCCAACCUGCAUUUCCUGGAGGAGCUCCGUUUGGCAGGAAACGAUCUGUCCUUCAUCCCCAGAGGAGCGUUCAACGGCCUCUACAACCUUAAAGUGCUGAUGCUACAGAACAACCAGCUGAACUCUGUUCCCGAUGAAGCAUUUAACAACCUUCACAACCUUCAGUCACUCCGUCUGGAUGCCAAUCACAUCUUCAGCGUCCCACCUGGAUGUUUCUCUGGGCUGCGUUCACUUCGCCACCUCUGGUUGGAUGAUAACUCUCUGACGGAGGUCCCAGUAAAGGCUCUCGGAGAGCUGCCGACCCUGCAAGCCAUGACGCUCGCCCUCAACCACAUCACUCACAUCCCCGACCACGCAUUCAGCAAGCUGGGACGCCUGGUCGUGCUGCAUCUCAACAACAAUAGGAUCGUUUCCAUGGGCACCAACUGCUUCCACGGACUCCACAGUUUGGAGACGUUGGAUUUAAACUACAACAGCCUGGUCGAGUUUCCUACGGCCAUCCGCUCACUCAGCCACCUCAAAGAGCUGGGUUUUCACAGCAACAACAUCGAGUCCAUUCCAGAGCAUGCCUUCACGGGGAACCCCUCACUCAUCUCUCUAUUUUUCUAUGACAAUCCAAUUCAGUCUGUGGGACGGUCGGCCUUUCAGAACCUGCCGGAGCUUCGGACGCUAUCUCUGAACGGGGCGGCAGAACUCACCGAGUUUCCAGAUCUGACGGGAACCAAAAGUCUGGAGAGCCUGACCAUCACUGGAGCUCGGAUCACGUCUCUUCCCAGUUAUAUGUGUGAGCAGCUUCCAAACCUGCAGCUGCUCGACCUCUCGUAUAACAAGAUCCAGACUCUUCCGAGCUUCUCCGGCUGCGAGAGCCUCCAGAAGAUUGAUCUCCACCACAACGAGAUAGAGGAGCUGAGGGAGAACACCUUCACUGGUCUGAUGAACCUUCGCUCGCUUGAUUUAUCCUGGAAUCGGUUGGCAUCCGUGAAGCCGAACUCAUUCUUCGCUCUGACGGCUCUCUCCAAACUUGACCUGUCGUCCAAUCAGCUGUCUUCUCUGCCUCUUGCUGGUCUGCAGAGUUUAACUCACAUUCGGCUGGUGGGAAACGAUCAGCUGAUGGAGUUAAUACCCCGAGAGGACCUGCCACGAGUCAGGGUGAUGGAGCUUCCUUAUGCCUUCCAAUGCUGUGCCUUCAUCUCCUGCGAGAAGAGAGGAGCAGAAGGUGGAGGUUCAUCCUGGGAGAUGGAGGAGGGAGCAGACUCUGCUGCAAGAGACACAUCCUUCCUUUCCAGUCACGCCGACCAGGACUGGGAGGAUUUUCUGUUGGAGUUUGAAGAUGAAUCCAAACCUCAACAAUCUGUUCACUGCAGCCCAACUCCAGGACCUUUCCGUCCCUGCCGCCAUCUUCUCGGCAGCUGGAUGAUCCGGGGCGGGGUCUGGCUAAUCGCAGGAAUCUCAUUGGUCAGCAACGGACUCGUCGUCCUAUCAGUCUUCUUUUCUCCCGCCAGCCUGGUCACGCCCCCCAAGCUCCUGAUUGGCCUGCUGGCUCUGGUGAACGGCCUGAUGGGCGUGUGGGUCGGCUGGCUGGCGGCAGUGGACGCCCGGACGUUUGGCAGCUUCUGGAGGUACGGGGUGAAGUGGGAGAGCAGCUUCCUGUGUCGCCUCAGCGGCUUCCUGUGCGUGUUUGCGUCUCAGACGGGACUCUUCCUGCUGACCGCCGCAGCUCUGGAGCGAUGUUCGUCCGCCGCCGGCGCCACACGGAGCGGCAAAGCCGACAGGAGCAGCGGUCAAUCUUCGCCGCCGCUCUUCCUCCGUUUGUCCAUCGCUCUGUGCUUCCUGCUCGGCCUCCUCAUCUCUCUCCCUCCGCUGAUGGCCGGUCUCGGCAGCUCCUCCUUCUGUUUGCCGCUCCCUUCGUCAUCCUCCUCCUCCUCCUCCUCCUCCUCCUCCAUGGCCUUCUCCGUCUCCUUGGUGCUCUUCGACUCGCUCUGUUUCCUCGUCAUGACGCUCGCCUACACUCGCCUUUACUGCCGCGCCGGCAAAGCUCCGCCAGGCUCAGACGAGGAGGCGGCGCUGACUCGUCACGUCGCCUGGCUGCUCUUCUCCGACUGCCUCCUCUACCUCCCCGUCGCCUUCCUCUCCUUCUCCUCCGUCCUGCAGCUCCCCGCCGCCGGGCCGGAGGUGGCGAAGGGAGUCCUGCUGCUCGUGGCGCCGCUCCCGGCCUGCGUGAACCCACUCCUCUACCUCCUCUUCAACCCGCUCGCCCGGGGGGAGCUGGCAGCGCUGGCGACGCACACCUGGUUGGGUACGGUGGCGUCGAAGUUACGAAGAAGGGGAGCGGCUGGAGGGCGGCCGCUUGAUUCGACGUAUGACGAGGACGCGGAGAAGCAGUCGUGUGACUCGACACAAGCGCUGGUGGUCGUCGAAGGUGUGAAGGAGGAGGAGGAGGAGGAAGAGCAGCGAAACAAGACGCAACAGUUGGUGUCAGUCGCCCAACGGCGUUAAACGGACACAAAACCCAAACGUGUAGCGUUUCUAGAUCUCACCUGACAAAAGCUCGAAUAUCGAUCCCAGCUGCUGUAAAACAAAACGUUUUAGUUUGUAAGUCGUUGCUCUGACAGAAACCUGCUUUAAAUGGGAGGUUUUGGGGUGUAAUCUUUAAAGUCUGGUUCAUUUUACUGUUUCGGGGCAUCAGAAACCCAAAAGAAAAGUCACCAGAUUUUAAAAUAAGGUGACAACAAACCAUAAACUACACUACGUCGUACAGCCCUCUCUUCUGUCCAGUUUUGCUUCACCUGAUUCACAGCAUUCCCUUUAGAUUGAAGUCUGGACUUUGACUAGGCCAUUGAGUAACCUCAUCUUUAUUGAGCCAUUCUGAUGUAAAUCCAGUGCUGUGUUCUGCUGUUGACCCAUUUCUGUCUAAGCUUCACUUGUCAGACAAGACUGACUCAUAUUUCGCUCCAAAAUAAUUAAAACUCAAUAAAAAUUUUAUAUAGCGC